GAUGAUGGUGAUGAUGAUGAUGGUGGUGUGUUUGUGUCAGACUCCUUUAGACCGUCAGGAGUUGCUCUGUGGGCAGCUCGCCGGCGUCAGUCGCUGCGUCUCUGAACUUUCCUUCUCUCCGGUACGAGUGCUGAGGCUGCGACGCAACAAGUUCGCCAUCUGCAUGAAGGAUGACUUCUUCUGGGCUCUCGGCUGCUCAGCGGAUGUCCCCACCGUCAGCAUCUGUCAGCUCCUGGAUCAGCUGAUUGACCUCUUUUGUUUCUACAACGGCUCGGUCCGGCAGAGCUACCAGCUUCACAGUUCGGAGGUGUUGGCCGCUCGCUGGGCGCGGUACCUGUCGUACCUUCAGUCCGGAUCGUCUCAGCUUCAUCACGUGUUCAGCUGUGUGAGAACCAUCGACUCCACCAACGUGGACCCGCUCCUCCUCCUCAAAGCUGCCCUCAUCCUGCAGGCGUGUCAGCGCUGCCCCCUGGUGUCCGCCGGCUGUAUCCUCUUCAGAGGACGAGUCGUCAGCACGCAGAUGUUUCCGGAGCUCACCAUGAAGGUGAUGGUGCACGAGAGCGAGACGUACACGAAGGCGCUGAGGCCCGGUGCACCGACGACCUCCAGCCCAUUUGGCGGCACCGUCAGCUCCACCACCGUCUUCCUGACGCCGGCUGAGCUUCAGUACCUUCGGUCCGCCCCUGUCGACAGAGACUUCAGUUCUCAUCCGGCUCCACACAGAGGCGCCCCGACCAGAACCCGCCUCUCCAGAACUUUAUCCGACAUGCCGUCCUCUGAGUCGGACCGGUCUGAUCCAGGUUCCUUCAGCCCUCACCUGUCAGACAGCUCCGUGUUCAGUCCGGGUCCAUCACAAGCCGCCGCCGACCCGCCUCAAUUCUCAAACGGGAAACAGGAAGCAGACGAGGAGGAGGCGGCGCUGGAUGAGUCGUAUUACCUGAGCUUCACCAACGGAGACGGGUCGGCGCUAGAAGAACGUCUGAACGGAGACGCUGCUGGUGGAACGACGUUUGAACAACCACACGUUGACAACGAGGAGGCCGAUAGAGGUGGAGCUCCUCCUCCUCCUCCUCCUCCUCCUCCUCACUCCGACCCUGACGAGACUCCUCUCAUCCCCAUGACACUGUACCUGCACCGGGUCAAAGGUCUGGUUCUGGCUCUGCUGGCGGAGCCUCACUUCCUGAGUGACAACGCCGCGAUGGAGGAAGUGUAUCACAGCAGUCUGGCGUCUCUGAACGGACUCGAGGCUCACCUGAGGACCGUUUCUCCGGGCGUACCUGGACCUCCUGGACCGUACAUGUUUGCACACUUUGACUGCGUUCAGAGCACGAUGACGACCAACCUGUCUGGUGGAGCAGGCGGAGCCGCUGAGCGUCCCUUUGUCAGAGCCACGUCGCUGCUGCACUCACAUUUCUGCAACACUGAGACUCUGCAGGAGGCCAUUAUCAGGAGCGCCGCUGCCGCUGUGUACGGGACGCGCAGCCCGGCUCAGGAGACGUUCUUCCAGCAGAGCGGCUCGCUCAGAAACUCGGGCAUCCCGAACCACCAGGACAGCGCCUUCACGCUGCCCGGCAAGGCCCGGCACCGGCUGCUCAAACACGGGGUCAACCUGCUGUGACGGACAGAGGACCGAACACGGGCGACGCUCCGGGCCACAACAGAACUUUGAGUUUGUUCUGAUCCAAAUGAGCUGAGCGGUUCAGACAGUGCGGACAUUUAAAAAACACACAGACAGACGAGUUUGUCUGCUCCGGGCCCCCGUAGAAACAUGUUGGAUAUAAAGAAGUUAUUUAUUUCACAUUAACGACAUAAAAAUCAAAAUGUUUGAUUUGUUUCUUUUGUUUUGAAAUAUUAUAAUGUUAAAAUGUUUCUUUGUAUUUAUUUUUUCUCUGAACUUUUUAAAUUUUUCAC